GGCUGAGUGGCUGCUUCCGCCGGGUGGGUUUUGCACGGCUCACCCGGAAGGCGGGGCCUGCCAGGCAAGAUGGAGUUGCUGCAGGUCCUGAAACGCGGGCUGCAGCAGGUCAGUGGCCACGGCGGUCUCCGUGGCUAUUUGCGAGUUUUCUUCAGAGCAAAUGAUGUGAGAGUUGGUACAUUAGUGGGGGAAGACAAAUAUGGAAACAAAUACUAUGAAGACAACAAGCAAUUUUUUGGCCGUCACCGAUGGGUUAUAUAUACUACUGAAAUGAAUGGCAAAAACACAUUCUGGGAUGUGGAUGGAAGCAUGGUGCCUCCCGAAUGGCAUCGUUGGCUUCACUGUAUGACCGAUGACCCUCCAACAACAAAACCACCUACUGCUCGAAAAUUCAUUUGGACAAACCAUAAGUUCAACGUGAGUGGCACUCCAGAACAGUAUGUACCUUAUUCCACCACCAGAAAGAAGAUUCAGGAAUGGGUCCCACCUUCAACACAUCACAAGUAAAGACAGUGAAAAUCGGUUUCAACAUGUAACAUAUGGGACUUUUCAUGAAUUUGCACUUUUCCUGCUUACCAUUAACUUGAAUAAAAUUGUUUGAUCAA